UAUUUAAGACAAAGACUUUAUUUUUCAAUAAGAAAACAAGGGAAAAGACAGUCCAACCUGAUCUUGUAUGUCUGCCCAAUAGAACUUUCCACCAUAAUUAGUGCUUUCCACCUCUGGGGGAGGAGCUGAAGCUCAGGGUGACCUCAUGUAGUAAGAGGAAAUCAGUAUAAAUAGGGCAGGACAGCUCUAGAGGGAGCAUCUUCUGCAUUGCUUACCUGGAGGGCUCAGAAAGCGACCAAGAAACCAUCUCCAGGAAUUCCCAGAACUCAGGUAAGUCUAUGACUCAAUGCUCACAGGUGGACUUCCAUGUCAGCUUGCUGGGAAACAAGCUUCAGUGAAUUAACUACUUGGAUUUUGUGUUAAAAAAAAAUGGCUUUCCACUAAAAUGCACUCAGAAAGUUUAAUUUGCUUCAGUCUUUAUAAAAGAUAGUCCUAAUAAAACUGGAUUUGCAAAAACAUGCCCUAAUCUGAAUUUCAGUGUAUUUUGAAACUAUUGGAAAUUUUUGUCUAUGUCAAAGAUCCUGAAUUAUUUAAUACAGACAUUCAAUUACAGUUUCAUUUUUUUUUUACUUCAUUUUUACUUGAUUACUUGAAUGUGGUUUUCCAAAACAUAUAUUCAUAUACCUAAAAAUUUAUAACUCAUUAAUUAUGAAAUAUAAUUAAAAUAUAUAGGGUAAGAUAAAAAAGUAGAUAACUGUAUAAGGAAUUCAUUUGAGCAACAUUAGAAAAAUAAAGCAGGCCAAUAAACAAAGUUGAAUGAAAUUAUUCUUUUCUGUUUUUCAGAAUCCAUCUGAGAACAUGCUGCCACAAAGAGCCCUUUUGCUGCUCAUGUCCUUGAACUUGGUUCAUGGAGCGUUUUAUGCUGAGAGAUACCAAACACCUACAGGCAUAAAAGGCCCAGUACCCAACACCAAGACACAGUUCUUCAUUCCCUAUGCCAUAAAGAGUAAAGGUAUACCAGUAAGAGGAGAACAAGGUGUUCCCGGUCCACCAGGACCUGCUGGACCUCGAGGGCACCCAGGUCCCUCUGGGCCACCAGGAAAACCAGGCUAUGGAAGUCCUGGACCUCAAGGAGAGCCAGGGUUGCCAGGACCACCGGGACCACCAAGCACUGGGAAGCCAGGCAUGCCAGGACUGCCAGGAAAACAAGGGGAGAGAGGACCAUAUGGACCAAAAGGAGAUGCUGGACCAGCUGGUUUACCAGGACCACGGGGCCCACCAGGACCACCUGGAAUUCCCGGCCCAGCUGGAAUUUCUGUUUCAGGAAAACCUGGACAACAGGGAUCCCCAGGAGCCCCGGGACCCAGAGGCUUUCCUGGAGAAAAAGGUGCACCAGGAGUCCCUGGUGUGAAUGGCCAGAAAGGGGAGACUAGGUUUGGUGCUCCUGGCCGUCCAGGUGAGAGGGGCCUUCCAGGUCCUCAGGGUCCCAUGGGACCACCUGGCCCUCCUGGGGUGGGAAAAAGAGGUGAAAAUGGGUUUCCAGGACAGCCAGGCAUCAAAGGUGAUCGAGGCUUUCCAGGAGAAAGGGGACCAACUGGCCUACCAGGCCCCCAAGGUCCUCCUGGGGAACGAGGACCAGAAGGCAUUGGAAAGCCAGGAGCUCCUGGAGCCCCGGGCCAGCCAGGGAUCCCAGGAACCAAAGGUCACCCUGGGAUUCCUGGAAUAGCUGGGCCCCCAGGGCCUCCUGGCUUUGGGAAACCAGGCUUGCCAGGCCUGAAGGGGCAAAGAGGACCUGUCGGCCUUCCAGGGGCACCGGGUGCCAAAGGGGAACAGGGCCCAGCAGGCCAUCCUGGGGAGCCAGGUCUGGCUGGACCCCCUGGAAAUGUGGGACCCCAAGGACCAAAGGGCAUCCCGGGCAACCAUGGAAUGCCAGGCCCUAAAGGGGAGACAGGGCCAGCUGGGCCUGCAGGACGCCCUGGGGCUAAAGGAGAAAGGGGUUCCCCCGGUUUAGAUGGGAAACCAGGGUACCCGGGAGAACCAGGUCUUGAUGGUCCUAAGGGUAACCCAGGGUUACCAGGCCCAAAAGGUGACCGUGGAGUGGAAGGACCUCCUGGGCUCCCAGGCCCUGCGGGCCCAACAGGAGCUAAGGGAAUGCCUGGACAUAAUGGGGAGGCAGGUCCAAGAGGUACUCCUGGAAUACCAGGUACCAGAGGCCCCAUUGGGCCACCAGGCAUUCCAGGAUUCCCUGGAUCUAAAGGGGAUCCAGGAACUCCAGGUCUUCCUGGCCCAGCUGGCAUAGCAACUAAGGGCCUCAAUGGACCCACUGGGCCACCAGGGCCUCCAGGUCCGAGAGGCCACGCUGGAGAGCCUGGCCUUCCUGGGCCCCCAGGUCCCCCAGGUCCCCCAGGCCAAGCAGUCAUUCCCGAUGACUUUACAAAAGCAGGCCAAAGGCCCAGUCUUUCUGGGAGGCCUCUUGUAAGUGCCAACCAGGGCAUAACAGGAAUGCCCGUGUCUGCUUUCACUGUUAUUCUCUCCAAAGCUUACCCAGCAACAGGUGCUCCCAUCCCAUUUGAUAAGAUUCUGUAUAACAAGCAACAGCAUUAUGACCCAAGAACUGGAAUCUUUACCUGCAAGAUACCGGGAAUAUACUAUUUCUCCUACCAUGUGCAUGUCAAAGGGAACCAUGUUUGGGUAGGUCUGUAUAAAAAUGGCACCCCCGUAAUGUAUACGUAUGAUGAAUACGCCAAGGGCUACCUGGAUCAGGCUUCAGGCAGUGCCAUACUCGACCUCGCAGAAAAUGACCAGGUAUGGCUCCAACUGCCCAAUGCCGAGUCCAACGGCCUGUACUCCUCUGAGUUCGUCCACUCCUCUUUCUCAGGAUUCUUAGUGGCUCCAAUGUGAGCAUAUUCCCACCAAGCUAAUAUAAAUCUGCUUGAAAAGGCAUUCCCCAACCUCACCCAUCCCACAAAAUGCAUAUGGAUGUAGGCUGAAAAAGAUAUCGCUAUUUUCCAAAAUACAGAUUUGAGCUUUCAGAGUUUUCCCUCUGAAAAGCGAGCAGCGAUGGUAAACAAUAUGUGACGACCCUCUCAAAUUCCUAGUCAGCA